UCUCCACUACAGCAGGUCAUAACAACCACAGCUCCCAGAUGAAAGCUGCUCUGCAGCAAGACGACCCCAUGGAGGACAAGGACAGGGGUCAGGAGGUCAAACGCCGCCCAAGCAGCGAGUUCCCUGUUGGAAACUUGGUCGAUGUUGACAACACUCUGGUCGCCAAAUCACUGCAUGGAGACAGUGAGAGAGAAAGGGAUGAGGAAAGGGAGAAAAAGAGGGGUAGAGGUAGGGAUAGAGGGUGGGAAAGAGAGAGGGAUCGAGGAAGGGAAAGCGACAGGGAUGGAGCGAGCAAAGGAGAGAGGAAUGGAGGAAGGGAAAGAGAGAGGGAUGGAGGAAGGGAAAGAGAGAUGGAGGGGGCGAGGGAAAGAUCGAGGGAUAGAGGGUGGGAAAGCGAGAGGGAUGGAACGAGAGGAGUGAGGGAUGAGGAGGAGAAGAGGUCGUGCUGCUCUCUCUCUGAGCUGAAGAAAGUCCCUCAGUGUCACAUGGAGCUGGAGCCGCUGUCCUUCAGCAGAACUAACAACGUUCUCAUAGAUGUGAAUGAGUUCCACCAUAAAAGGACAUUGAAACCUCAGUCUGGACAUCAUGUGUGGCACAGUGACUUUGUUAAGAUGCCCUGCUCACCAGAAAGCAUCAUCAAGACUGGAUCGGUAACCAGCUCUGAGCGAAGUCGGUGGGACGUGGUCUCUAAACAGCUGGAGAGUCUGGCCAAGAAGACCACUGCAUCAGUGGGUGACGUAGAGAAAGCCAUAAAGAAAUACAACGCCAAUAAAAUCACCAAAGAAGAGAAAUACUACACAUCUAAGGACCAGACUCAGUCCAUCACGUUGUCCCAGAGUCAGAUAGCUUGUCUGCUGGCCAACGCCUUCUACUGCACCUUCCCCCACCGCAACUCCCCCAACCCCAGAGCAGAGUACCUAACUACCCACCAUCACUUUAACAGUCUGUUUGAAAAGUGGUCUGAGAGGAAGAGAGAGAAGCUGAGAGCCCUCCUUCAUUACUUCCACACUGUCACAGACCCAGCGACCAGGCCCUGUGGGUUGGUGACCUUUGAGAGGCGCUACAUCAGAGACAUGCCCAACUGGGGGAGGGAGACUGUUCCUAAACUCCACGUCUCCUCAGUAGGCUUCAUAGAGGAACAGGGAGCAGGGAUGUUACAGGUGGACUUUGCCUGUAACAUGAUAGGAGGUGGAGUGUUGGGCUCAGGUCUGGUUCAGGAGGAUUCUGUUCCUGAUGAACCCUGA